AUUAAAAUAGAUAGUUUACAUUUACUAUUAAAAUAGAUAGUUUACAUUUACUUUAUCAACUAAAAGAUAAAGCUAAGUAAUAUUAUAAUUAUAUAUUGAUACUAAUAUAAUUAUAGUAUACAAAAGAUAUGAUAAAUAAUAUACUUGUCUUUAGAAGUACUCAAUGGACAUCUGUACUCAAAAGACAGUAUAAAUAAAGAACGUAAAAGAUUGCAUCUACGUUAGUUUGUUCAUAGCCACAGACGGCGUCUGUUGAAUUGUGCUUAACCUGAAAAAUGGCGGCCAACAUUAGUGGAGUAUUCACUGAAAAUUUACGAAAUGCAAUACUUCAAAGUAAAGUACUUAUUGUGGGUGCUGGCGGAAUUGGAUGUGAAAUAUUAAAAAAUCUAGUUAUGACAGGAUUUGUCAAUAUCGAAAUUAUUGAUUUAGACACGAUUGAUGUUAGCAAUUUAAACAGGCAGUUUUUAUUUCAAAAGAAACAUGUAGGAAAAUCAAAAGCUGAUGUUGCAAAAGAAACAGCAUUAACAUUUAAUCCCAAUGCAAAAAUUAUUCAUUAUCAUGACAGUAUUACAACUUCCGACUAUGGAGUAUCAUUUUUUAAAAAGUUUACGUUAGUUAUGAAUGCACUUGAUAAUAGAGCAGCUAGGAAUCAUGUAAAUAGAAUGUGUUUAGCAGCAGAUGUACCAUUAAUUGAAUCUGGUACAGCUGGUUACGAGGGUCAAGUAGAACUCAUAAAAAAAGGAUUAAGUCAAUGUUAUGAAUGCACACCAAAAGCUGCACAAAAAACUUUUCCUGGUUGUACAAUUCGUAAUACACCUAGUGAACCGAUUCAUUGUAUAGUGUGGGCGAAACAUUUAUUCAAACUCUGCAGGCCAAGGUGCUUUAAACUCAGAAUCAAAUGAAAAAGGAAAUGUUGAUAGAAUAUCAACUAGAGGUUGGGCACAAUCAUGUAAUUAUGAUUCAGAAAAAUUAUUUACAAAAUUAUUCCAUGAUGAUAUAAAAUAUUUGCUGAGUAUGGAUAAUUUAUGGAAGAGAAGAAGACCACCUAUUCCUUUAAGUUGGAAAGAAUUACCAGAUGGAGGAUGCAGUAAAGAAAUAAAUGAACCUGGCUUGAAAGAUCAACAACGUUGGAGUAUUUCCAAAUGUGGUACAGUAUUUGCUGAGUCAGUGAAAAGUUUAAGCAAUAAUUUGAAAGCUUUACAAGAAAAAUCACCAAACAACCAUUUAGUUUGGGAUAAAGAUGAUCAAGAUUCAAUGGAUUUUGUUGCUGCGUGUGCUAAUAUAAGAGCUUACAUUUUUGGUAUACCUCAAAAAACGAGGUUUGAUAUAAAAUCAAUGGCAGGAAAUAUAAUUCCUGCAAUCGCAACUACAAAUGCGAUAGUUGCCGGUUUGGUUGUUCUUCAUGCGUUCCGAAUUCUCGAAAAUAAUUUAAAGUCAUGUAAAUCUGUAUAUUUGCGUUCGAAAAUGAAUCAUCGUAAUCAGUUAUUGGUACCAGAAAAAAAUGUCAAUCCACCAAACCCUAAAUGUUACGUAUGUGCACCUACACCACAGGCAGUAUUAGCAAUUGAUACAUCAAAAACAACAAUCAAAGAACUUGAUGAAAUAGUAUUAAAAAAUAGGUUGAACAUGAUUGCUCCAGAUGUUAUGAUAGAUGGUACUGGUAACGUUGUUAUCAGCAGUGAGGAAGGUGAAACUGAAGACAAUAAUAAUAAAUUCUUAGAAGAAUUAGGAAUUAAAGAUGGUACCAUUCUUAAAGUCGAUGACUUCCACCAAAAUUAUUCAUUAACUGUAACAAUAGUCUAUAGAGAACGGCCGAGUUUAAAAGAUGACAGUCCUGAUUUCGUCAUUUUAGCCAAAGAACAAGAUCUCAAACCUAAAGAAGAAGAUUUAGUGAAACCAUCCACUUCAAAUGGCCAGGUGGAAACAUCCGAUGACAAUGUAAUGAUUGUUGAAACUGAAACAUCAUUAGAUGUGGCAAAGAAACGUAAAAUUGAAGCUUCUGAAGAAAAUGCAUCAAAGAAACGAAAAUUGGAAGUUAAUGAUGUGGAUGAUGAUAUUUCUAUAAUUGAAAAUGAUAUAAAUAAUGACAUUGAUAAAGUAAAAUCAAAUUUCAAAACACAUAAGAAUACAGAAGAGAAAGAUGAUGAUUGUUUAAUUGUACAUGAUGAUAACAAAUCAAUAGUUGUAACAUCCCAGUGAGUGAAUUAAAUACGUCGAAAUAAAAAACUUAUAAAUUCUAUUUUUUGAAAUUAAUACGUUGAUCAGUUAAAUUUAUGUAAAAGGGUAUGUUUGUACAAAAACUGUACAUACUUACCAAUUUCAGUAGUUUUAUAUAUCUUAUUUUGCGAAUUAAAUUUUCAUACAAUAAGUAAAUAAGUUUAUAAUACAUAAACAUAUAAUGACAAUGGAAACAAAUGGCGUAUGUAUAAUAGUAAUCUUACCGAAGUUAUUUUUGAAUGCUAUGUAUUUUAAUUUCUACAAAUAUUUAUAAAAAAUACAUAGUGUUAUGUUUAUAAUACGUAAUUUCACAGAUUGUAG